CUGAAUUUCAGCCACUGGCAAUAUUCAUCCACAGCAGUGACUGUAAUAUUCACGUGGUGGUCAACAUCGUCUUGUGUUUCUUCUUUUGGUUACCGGCUGUACUACACGCGCUGUGGUAUUGCUUUUUCCGAGGAUAGAUGGAUUUAUUCGGCAUUCUGCCCCAAUGAGUUCAACAUCUCUAAUGAUCCUGCUGUAUCACUCAAUUUUUGCCUCAAUAUUCAUAUGUCGUGCUUGAAGGAAUCGAUGGAAAAGCUUUUUGUAUUUAGCUGAAU